AUGACUUCCCCAGCCCAGGGGCUAUCUCUGAGACCCCACGCAGCAACUCUGAUGCGCAAGGGGGCGACCCUCCGAGGACUCCCUCAGAUAACCCGACCACUCUCCAGGGGAGACCAGGCCCUCUACCACUCAAAAAAAGUGCUUUCCCGAGGCUCCCCAACACACAGAGCGCCACUGUCACACAUUGGGACGACCCUGAGUCCCUCCGCUGAUAUUCCUGGUCCCUACCCAGACGGAGACCCCACACACAGAGGGCCCCCCUGGAGACCAUCCUCAAAGCCAGCACACCUCAAGCUACCCCCAGGCUCGUACCCAGAAAGACUCCGCGCUUCUGAAGAAACCCACCUCCACGCACGCUCUCAAAGAGAGGUGCAGAAGGCGGUGAACACGGCCCGCGGGCUGUACCAGCGCUGGUGCGAGCUCCUGCAGGAAAGCGCGGCGGUCGGACGCGAGGAGCUGGACUGGACGACCAAUGAGCUGCGGAAUGGCCUGCGCAGCAUCGAGUGGGACCUCGAGGAUCUGGAAGAGACCAUCGGUAUAGUGGAAGCCAACCCAGGCAAGUUCAAGCUCCCGGCCGGGGACCUGCAGGAGAGAAAGGUGUUCGUGGAGCGGAUGCGAGAGGCAGUCCAGGAAAUGAAGGACCAUAUGGUCAGCCCAACAGCGGUAGCAUUUUUGGAGAGGAAUAACAGAGAGAUACUGGCAGGCAAGCCAGCUGCCCGGAAGUCACCCAGCGACCUGCUGGAUGCCAGUGCAGUCUCGGCCACAUCUCGCUACAUCGAGGAGCAGCAGGCCACACAGCAGCUGAUCAUGGAUGAACAGGAUCAACAGCUGGAGAUGGUAUCUGGGAGCAUCCAGGUUCUGAAGCACAUGUCCGGCCGCGUUGGGGAAGAGCUGGACGAGCAGGGCAUCAUGCUGGAUGCCUUCGCCCAAGAGAUGGACCACACCCAGUCCCGCAUGGACGGGGUCCUCAGGAAGUUGGCCAAAGUAUCCCACAUGACGAGUGACCGCCGACAGUGGUGUACCAUCGCCGUGCUAGUGGGGGUGCUUCUCCUCGUUCUCAUCUUACUUUUCUCUCUCUGACCCCAGCCCUCCCUGGCAGGCUGGUCCCUUAAGCCUGGGGAGCCACCAAGCACUUUGGAGCUGGCCUCGCCCCCUAGGAAGAGAGGGUCCCUCCUGGGUAGCUGGAGAGUAGAGGGUCCCGCCUGGGGAGCUGUCCCCAUGGCUCUCCCCCAGAGCCAGUGGGACCCUUCAGGACCCUGGGCUAUAACCACCACCACUGGUCCUGUCUCAAGUGCACUUAGGGGGUGGUGGAGGCAGGGACACCUGAGACACACCCGUCUCCACUUCCAGUUCCGGGACCCCAAAGCCAUUUGCCCCUGUGCCUUAUACACGUGCCAACCUGGAAAUAAAAUGUCUUCCUUUUUCAUACGUA